GGCGCUCGGCGAUGACGUCACUGUGGGCGGAAGUGAAGGAGAGUUCCAGAAAGAGCGGCGGUGCGCGAGACACACAAACACACAGGAGUAUAACAAUAAGAACUCUUGUAGUAAUAAUAAUAGUAAUAACAGCGAUUGCACGCGGCUUUAUAACGGAGCAGACGCGUAAGUGACCGUCAUGACGACCAUCGAUUACAGUGUGUGGGAUCAUAUCGAGGUUUCUGAUGAUGAAGAUGAUACUCACCCAAACAUCGACACACCGAGCCUGUUCCGCUGGAGACACCAGGCGCGGGUGGAGCGCAUGGAGGUGUUCCUGCAGAAGGGCGAGGAGCUGGAGAAGGGUCUGGCGGAGAGCCGCAGGAGGCUGGCGGAGGCGCAGCGGCGAGUGCAGGACCUCAGCUCAGCCUCCACCCCUGAGACCAGAGCCCAGCUGACCUCAGCCCAGGAGGAGGAGAAGCAGCUGAGGAGGGAGGAGCGCUCCUGUGAGAAGAAGAUGGAGGAGCACCGGCGGGAGGAGAAGAAGAUGCCCUGGAACGUGGACACGCUCAGCAAGGAGGGCUUCAGCAAGAGUGUCGUCAACGUCAAGCCGGAGAAGGAGGAGACGGAGGAGGAGAAGGAGGAGAAACACAAAAGCUUCGUGGAGAAGCACGAGAAGCAGAUCAAACACUUCGGGAUGCUGCGACGCUGGGACGACUCUCAGAAGUACCUGUCUGACAAUCCUCACCUGGUCUGUGAGGAAACGGCCAACUAUCUGGUCAUCAUGUGCAUUGAUCUGGAGGUGGAGGAGAAACACGCGCUCAUGGAGCAGGUGGCCCAUCAGACCAUCGUCAUGCAGUUCAUCCUGGAGCUCGCCAAGAGUCUGAAGGUGGAUCCACGCGGCUGCUUCCGCCAGUUCUUCGCCAAAAUCAAGACCGCAGACCAGCAGUAUCAGGACGCCUUCACUGACGAGCUGGAGUCCUUCAAGGAGCGAGUGCGGGGACGAGCCAAGAUCCGCAUUGAGAAGGCCAUGAAGGAGUACGAGGAGGAGGAGCGGCAGAAGCGUCUGGGGCCCGGCGGCCUGGAUCCAGUGGAGGUGUACGAGACGCUGCCUCUGGAGAUGCAGAAGUGCUUCGAUGAGAAGGACAUUCAGAUGCUGCAGGAGGCCAUCAGCAGGAUGGACCCCACGGAGGCCAAACAGCACAUGAAGCGCUGCAUUGACUCGGGCCUGUGGGUGCCUAACGCUCGGGCGGACGAGGAGGCAGAGAAAGAGCCGCAGGACGAGGAGGUGAAGAACGAGGAGCAGUGACCCCUGACCCCGGAGCCAUCGUGAUGAACGAGCGCUGAGGACUGCAGCACCUCUCUCUUCUCUCAUCGUCUCUGUCUGUUAUUUAUGCAGUCGCCUGUAGACCCUCUCUCACCGUCCUCCCGCUCUUCUACAGCUACACCGAUCGGCCGAAUGAAGAUCUGCAGUAUUAUAGAUAGCGGAGACAGUCCAGAUUAAUAUGAAUAAUGAACUGAUUUAGUUGAUGGAUGCCGCUUUGGUCUUUUCAUGUUCAUAUUGUUCCCUCUGCUCUCUUAGCGCUGUGUGUUCAGUUUUUAUCAGAAUAA